AGGCAACAUCCCGGAAGCGGCGGGCUACGUUAACUUGUGGCGGGCCGGGAGAUUCUGGAGGCCGAAGUUUUAGUCGUGGUGGAGGCAGCAGUCGGGAAACGGCAAGAUGUCCUUUGUCAGAGUGAACCGUUACAGUCCCCGGGGAGGAGGAAGGAAAGCACUGAAAGGAAAGAAGAAGAAAACAUCUGUGAAGCAAGAAUGGGAUAACACUGUGACUGAUUUAACAGUUCACCGGGCAACUCCUGAAGAUCUGAUACGUCGUCAUGAAAUACACAAAUCGAAGAACAGAGCAUUAGUACACUGGGAGCUGCAAGAAAAAGCUUUAAAGAGAAAAUGGAAGAAGCAGAAACCAGAAAUUUCUAAUCUUGAGAAAAGGAGAUUGUCUAUCAUGAAGGAGAUUCUUUCUGAUCAAUACCAGAUGCAGGAUGUAUUGGAAAAAUCUGAUCAUUUGAUGGCUACAGCAAAAGAUUUGUUUGUUGAUUUUCCUCGUAGGCGCACAGGGUUUCCGAAUAUAACAAUGGCUCCUGAUUCCUCUCAAGGUCCAAUUGUGGUAAAUCAAGACCCGGUUGCCAAGGCCAUUCUUAGUGAAUCUGUUGUAGAGCCUCAGGCUCUUAAUGAAGUAGAUGAUGAUGAAGAAGGAGCUGUUGACAGCCAGUCAGAAGAAAGUGAGAAUGAGCUGGAGAACUCUCUAAGCAGUCAGUCCAACACAAAUGCAGACAUGUUUCUCCACCAACUAAAGGAAGAUAAUUCUGAGUUAAUUAAUAAACUAUGGACUGAUAUUCAGCAAAAAAUAGCAACACAGUCACGAGUACCAGCCUCUUCAGGAACCCCAUUAUCUGCUUCUCCAUCAGGAGAACAAAAAGCUGCUCUGAAUGCUACCAAUGCUGUUAAGAAAAUCCAUACCAGGCUUCAACCUGAAGACUCUACUGAGACUCUGGACUCAAGUUAUGUUGUGGGACAAGUGCUGAACUCAAGGAAGCAAAAACAGCUGUUAAAUAAAGUGAAAAGAAAACCAGAGUCAUGUGCUCCCUCCAAGCAGAAGAAUAGCACGUUAUCAGCCAGCACAGCCUCUACAGACUUACCGAAUAGCAAUAACCUCAGCCUGGAUGUCCUCAAACACAUGAUACACGAAGUGGAACAUGAAAUGGAAGAAUAUGAGCGAUGGACAGGACGUGAGGUCCAGAAGCUCCAGAACAGUCAGGGUCUCACUGGCUUCACCCUGUCACUCGUGAGCUCCCUCUGUCGCCUGGUUCGGUACCUUAAAGAGAGUGAGCUCCAACUGCGUAAAGAAGUAGAGACAAGGCAGCAACUGGAACAAGUAUUAAGUGAUCACCGAGAGCUCAUUGAUGCUCUGACAGCUGAAAUUCUUCUCCUUAGAGAAGAAAAUACUGCUACCCAGGCGAGACUUCAGCAGUACAUGAUCACAACAGAUGAACAACUUAUAUCACUCACACAUGCCAUUAAGACCUGUCCUGUAAUAAAUAACAAAGAAAGUCAGGUAUUAGAAAGGGGAGUCACAAGUAGAAGAAAUAUGGACAAUCCAGAGGGUCCAGUUGUAAAUGCUAAUGUCUCUGUGCCAUUGAUGUUCAGCGCGGAAGAAGUGGUUGAAUUCCCACAGGAAGAUUUGCCUGUUAAACUAUCUCAGGUGCCAAACCCUCCAGAAAGUGGGAAUCUGGCCAACAAUUUUCCGACACAUAUAUUUGAGCCAGCUGUGUUGUUAACACCACCCAGGCAGAAGAGCAACUCAGAAUUUUCUCCUUUGCAGGAUGUAUUGAGGAGGACUGUUCAAACUCGUCCUGCUCCACGAAUUCCUCCAACCGUGGCAAUAAUUGAGAAGGAACAAAAUUGGGAAAACAAGACCUUACCUACUGGCACUGACAUUCAGAAUUCAAGUGAAGAGAGUCAUCUCUUUACUCAGAGGUGGAGGGCCUCUCACAUGGGAGAAGAUUUGGAGAACAAAACCCAAACACUUUUUGUUAACCUCUCACAGCCCGUCUGUGGCUCCCAUUCAGGCACUCAGCAGUUGAGAAACUCUGCCUUCUCAGAAGAACCUCCAGUACUGGGAGAUGGGCAACAGCUUAGAACAAAUGAAACGUUAAUACAAAGAAAGGACAUCAUGGCACGAAUUGCUGAGUUGACACUGCAGAAUUCAGCUAUCAAGGCACAUCUGAAUAAUAUCAUCAGGCCAGGGGGAGAGCAAGGGGAUGGACUUCGGGAGUUUAACAAACAGGAGACAAGUCAUGCAAGUGACAUGUCUGCUACUUUUCCAGCAUUACAACCUCUCACACCAAGUAGCAUGGAGGAACGGAUUGCAGAACUGAAUCGACAGAGUAUGGAGGCACGUGGAAAACUCUUGCAGUUAAUAGAGCAGCAGAAACUUAUUGGUUUGAAUCCUCCCUCUCCACCAGUAUCACCUAUUCAGUCACCUCUCAGAGCAUGGACUGAAGGAGGAAAGAGGACAAUUGAAGUAUCUAUUCCAGGAGCAGAAGCCCCAGAAAGCUCAAAAUGCAGUACUAUCUCUCCUAUCAGUGGGCUAAAUACAAGAAGAUCUUCAGGGGCUACUAGUAAUUCUUGUUCUCCAUUAAAUGCCACCUCAGGAAGUGGGCGCUUGACACCUCUUAACCCGAGAGCAAAGAUUGAGAAACAAAAUGAAGAAGGCUGGUUUGCUCUUUCUACUCACGUGUCAUAAGUUAGGUUGAAUUUUAGAGUUUGCAGUAAUAUAUUCUUGAGCUUCAACACUCCUUUUUCUUUUGCUUUCAAGUUUUUAAUGUUCUUUCAGAUAAAUCUUACAAAGAUCUUGUGACUUAGUACUAAUGGAAAAAAUAAAUAAAGCAAUCAUUUUAAUUUUUGACCUUUUCAAAUAGAUUUCUAACAAGCAACCAACCUAUGAAGUCUUGUGAAUAAAAUUUUGACUAGAGAGCAAUUAAAGUUUUAUAUUCUAAUAUUUGAGAGAUAUGUUUUUUAUCUUUAUCAUCUUUAUUCAGGUUUUUUUUUUUUUGGCUAGUAUAUCUUAAAUGUUGAUCUAUUUUAUUUUUUCUGAAGAACUAAGUUGCUUUUGCAUAGAACUUAGAGUAAGAUACCUCUGUGUGAUUAAAGUCUGGUUUUCAGAAAAAUUUAACAUCCCCUUUUAGGGGAAGUCACUGUAGUCCAUCACUUUUUCCAUCAAGUGAAUAUUUAGCUUUAAAAAGUAAGUGUGAGUGUAUUUGUUUAUAUUUGCCUAAGCAGAUAAGGGUAAUUGUAUAUGUUAUAAAAUUCUUUUUUUUUUUUUUUUGUCUUUUGUCCUUUUUUUUUAGGGCUGCACCCGUUAACUGCUGAGCCAUGAUGGGAACUCCUCCCUCAAUACUUAUUUUCAUAUGCUGCUCUUGCUCAAAACAUAAUUGAUUCUUUUUUUUUUUUUUUUUUUUUGUCUUUUGUCUUUUUAGGGCCACACCCAUGGCAUAUGGAGGUUCCUAGGCUAGGGGUCCAGUCAGAGCUGUAGAUGCCGGCCUAUGCCACAGCCACAACAAUGCCAGAUCUGAGCUGCAUACAUGACCUAUAUCACAGCUCAAGGCAACACCGUAUCCUUAACCCACUGAACGAGUCCAGGGAUCGAACCCACAACCUCAUGGUUCCUAGUCAGAUUUGUUUCUGCUGCGCCACAACAGGAACUCCUAUGAAGUUCUUACAGAGUCUUUAAAUGUGAAAAUGUCAUCAGUAAUGGUUAUGUAUCAAAUAAAUAAUGAUUGAAUUCAAAUAUUUCAAUGAGUAACAUUGAUUUAGUGGCUUAUUUAAUGUUUGAAACAAAAUUGAGUACAAAAUGUUACCGUCAAGUUUCCCAGCCCUGAAGCCACUAUGCAUUCAAGGUAGAUUUUUCUUCAAGGUACCUGUUUGGUCUCAGAUACUGGUUUCUGUUUUAAACUUGCUCUUUGGGAAGUCCCGUUGUGGCUCAGCGGAUUAAGAACCUGACAUAGUGUCCUGUGAGGAUGCAGGUUCAAUCCCUGACCUUGCUCAGCGGGUUAAGGAUUUGGCAUUGCCAUGAGCUGCAGCCUAAGUUGCAGAUAGUGGGUCCAGUUUGACUCCUAGCCUGGGAACUUCCAUAUGCUGCAGGUGCAGCCCUAAAAAGAGAAAACAAACAGGAAAAAACCCCUGCUCUUUGAAUAAUCUCUGCUCCCUGGCUCCAUGAUAGGAAUUCUCAACCUGAGUGAGGUGGGAGUGAGUGAUGGGGAAGAGCAUUGAAACUCCUUGGGGAACUUUCUCAGAUAACACUUUCCCUCUCUUGCAGUUUUAAGUCACUGUUCCAGGAAGUGUGCUGUGCAGCUCUCAUUUGAGCCUCUUCAUUGUUGUAGGGGCAAAAACUAAUUUUCUUCUGGUGUCCCUGAUUUUAUUUAUGUGAAGUCAUCUUAUCUGUAUGCAUUUGCAUUACUAAAGAUUCUUCCAUCUGUAUUGUACUUUUUAAAAAUUUGGCAUUUAAUAAAUACUAUCCUUGUCUGGGAUGUAGAACC